AUGGCUACUAACGUAGCUCGGUCUUUCUCAGGAUCUCGUCUUUUAUUAAAGUUUCAGAGGCUUCAUUUUCCUUCAGAGGCUGAGGCUGAUCCAAAGGAUAAGGAGUCAGAAAAGGAACGCGAGACGAAGGCUGGGGUUGAUCCAAAGGACAAAGAGAUUGCAAUGCUCAAGGAUAAACAUCUUCGCUGUUUGGCCGAACUAGAAAAUCAACGUGAAAUUUCGCGUCGAGAAGUAGAGAUGGCUUCUCAAUUUGCAAUUCAAAAAUUUGCUAAAGAUAUUUUAUCUGCAGUGGACAAUUUGGAACUUGCCUUAGCGUCUGUUCCACCAGAGCUACGUACCGAACCUACUGUUCCUACAGAGUCCGCUUCAAUUACUAAUAAAUUGGUUAAUUUAUAUAAAGGAGUUUAUUUAACGGAAUCAGAAUUAUUAAAUACACUUAAACGUCACGGAAUAGAAAAGAUCGAACCAAAGUUAGGAGAAAAAUUUGAUCCAAAAAUCCAUGAAGCUUUAUAUCAAGCAAGUGUAAAUGGUCAAGAUGUUGGGACUAUUUUUGAUAUACAAAAAAUAGGAUACAGUUUAAAUGGCAGGAUUCUUAGACCUCCUCAGGUUGGAGUUGUUAGGGCCGCUGAUUAG